AUGGCUCACUCGUAUCUCUUUGAAAGUAACAUUUUCAACAACAACAACAACAACAACAACAACAACGGCAACAACAACAACACCAACAACAGUUACCUACAUUACAUCAAUAGCACUAACAACAAUUUAAACUGUUACCAGCGACCGCAGCCGCAACAACUUCAUCAUUAUCCUUAUUAUUAUUAUUCCAACAAUAACAUCAAUAACAUCAACAACAUCAACAACAACAACAACAACAAUAAUUCCAGAAAAAAGUUUUCAAAAUUUCAAAACACUGUUCCUUCUGUCGCCAACGUCAACAACGUCAACAACAACAACAACAACAACAACAACAACAACAAUAAUAAUAAUAACGGUAACAAAAGUAAUGGUAAUGAUUGUAACAAAGAAAACUUGCAUAAUUCCAACAACAUUCGGUCACAGAAGCGACAGAUGAAUAUGAACGCACCUACGCUAUCCUGCCCCCAACAGCAGCAGCAGCAGCAGCAACAACAACAGCAACAACAACAUCAGAAAAAUGUGCUACAACAGCAAAAUGGUCUAGAUCAGAUGGAGAUAGAUAUUAUAAACGAUAAUUCAGACUUCCAAUCAUCCAACAACACCAUAAACAACAACAACAGCAUUAAAAACAUCAACAACAACAACAAAAACAACAACAACUUCAUUCAAUUUGAAUUUGAAAAGAACCUCUACACAUAUGCAACACACAUAAUAAACCUAAUUACAACUACUGCUGCUACGACUGCUAUUGCUAAUGUUGCAGCUGCUACUACUACUACUUCUACUACUACUACUACCGCUUUUUCUGCUACUACUACUACUACUUUUGUUGCUAAACACUUGACAGCUGCAUCAAUUAUGGCUGAUAAUGCUACUGCUUUGAAUAACAACACCAUCAUUAGCAGUGUUUAUAAUACAAUUACAACGUCAACAGCAAGCAAUGAAGCUACUGAUGUUUCAGCCUCUGCUUCAAAUGCCAACAAUGUUGAGAACGAUUGCAACAUCAACAACAACAUCGACAACAACAUCGACAAAGACAUCAACAACUACUACAACAAUGACAUCAAUCACAUUAGCAACAACAUCAGCAAUCAUCGUAACAACAACAACAUCAACGAAAAAAAGAUCAGCAAGAUCUCAACAUUUAUCAUGGAGUUUUUUGAGAAAAACCAGCAACAAAAGGAUACAUACAUCGGGAAGAUGAAACUCAGAGAUGCGCUUUUCUCCAUUAUGAAAGGGCUCUUUCCAUAUUGUGGCUUGUACGUCAUCGGCUCGUCGAUGAAUGGAUUCGGAAACGUCAACAGUGAUAUGGAUCUCUGUCUCAUGUUGAGUCACAAGGAGAUAGAUCAAAGAAAAGAAGCAACUAAUAUAUUGAAGUUUCUAUUCAAGACUUUAGACAAAUGCUCCUUCUUACAAGACCUUAAGCUAAUAUACGCUAAAGUCCCCAUACUCAAGUUCACUGAUAGAAUAAGUUCGGUGGAAUGUGAUUUGAACAUUAACAACCCAGUCGGCAUAAGGAACACACAUCUUCUCAACGCAUACUCAAGCCUGGACUGCAGGGUCGCUCCGUUGGUGAUCUUCGUGAAAUAUUGGGCCCGGUGUAUGGGGAUUAAUGACGCCAGCCAUGGUACCAUAUCAAGUUACUCGCUGGUCCUCAUGGUCGUCCACUAUUUGCAGUGUGGUUGCAACCCUCCAUUAUUACCCAGCCUUCAGCAAAAGUAUCCACACAAGUUCAACAACAUCAUCGACAUCCGUCUGCUCUCACUGAACGAGAAACUGGCGCCAUACUCCUCGCCGAACCUUCAAAAUGUCGGAGAACUCUUUCGCGGGUUUAUCGAUUAUUUCGCUAAUAAGUUUAGAUUCGAGUCGGAUAUCAUGUCGGUUCGACUGGGCAAGACCAUCACUCAACCGACCUCAGCCUUCGGUUCGUCCAACCCCUGGAAGUUUAUCGGGAUCGAAGAGCCAUUCAAUCUGACGAACACGGCCUAUUCAGUUUUCGACGAGGCCAUCUUCGCGAACAUCCUGCAAAUGCCUUGUAAAGCUUUCAGGGAAAAAUUAAAAAUUGUGAAAAAAAAUCGUCAAAAGAGGGUGAUCAAAAAAUUUUAAACAAAUUUUAACCCGCCAAAAAAUUAUUUAAAAAUAAAUAAAUGAAAACAGAGCAAAAAAAAAGUUUAUGAUCGUACAGAUGUUCCAAAUUUUAAAUCUAGAUGAUAUUUUACGGACACACUUCGCCGCAAUGUAUGUCACAAAAGUCUUUUGUUUCAGUUUUAAACACUGGCCACUCAGCAAACUUAACAUUUUAGGAAAACAUUGGCGCGAAAAUUUUUAAAACUAAAAACUAUUUAAUAAUAUUUCUGACAAUAUUUCAAGCAAAUAAAACUUACAUUUGAAAUUUGUACGCUCCCUAUUAUUUAUUUUAAAAUUAUUAUUAGAAAAAAAAACUAAUUUAUUCAAUCGUACAUUGACUGGUUUGAUAUUUUGCAGUUGUUUAAAACGUACAUACACAAACACACAGACAUUCACACGCACAUACAAACAUACACAAACACACUUAUGCAUACUGAUUAAUAAACACACACACACAACGUGUAUCUAACUUAUUUAACACGUUUAUUUAUUCAUCUUUCGCCUGUUUACAUAAUUGUAUGGUUGUUCAUUCAAGACACCCGCUUAUUUAACGAGAAAUACUUUUUAACUUAAUUAAUCACUUAAUACUGUACAUGAAUGUAACUGUAAAUAAAUACAACUUAUAUACAUGUUUAAAUUUUUUCAUAUUUUCAUGCUUCAUUGUUUAUAAACCUUUCCUAGCUAAAGUCCACCACAAAUUAUCAAAUUAAUAAUAAAAUAUGAUUUCUCGAAUGCCAAUAAAAUGUAAA